GCGGCGGCCGCCGGGCCGCGGGGAAGGCGCUGCCUCGCUGCGGGGGAGGCGGGCCGUGCCGCGCCGCGCCGGAGCGCUCGCACCCCUUCCCCCGCAGGAGUGCGGGGCCGUGCCGCUCCCUCGCCCCGGCAUGGAGGAGAAGUACAGCGGGCAGGCCUUGGCUGGCGGCGGCCUCCUGGGGCCUGUGGAUGUACCCAGCGCCCGGCUGACUCGCUACAUCGUGCUGCUGUGCUUCGCCAAGUUUUUGAAAGCCGUGGGCCUCUUCGAGUCUUACGACCUUCUGAAAGCGGUGCACCUUGUGCAGUUUAUUUUUAUAGUGCAGCUGGGGUCCGCAUUUUUUAUGGUUUUGUUUCAAAAACCAUUUUCUUCUGGAAAAGUGGUAACUAAGCGUCAGUGGAUCAAAAUUUUUAAGCAUGCUGUUGUGGGAUGUAUCAUUUCACUCUUGUGGUUUUUUGGCCUUACUCUUUGUGGACCACUGAGGACAUUGUUGCUGUUUGAGCACAGUGAUGUGGUUGUGCUAUCACUCCUUAGUGUCUUAUUCACAAACUCAGGUGGAGGACCAGCAAAGACAAGAGGUGCUGCAUUUUUCAUCAUAGCUGUCAUCUGCUUGCUACUUUUUGAUAAUGAUGACCUCAUGGCUAAAAUAGCAGAACAUCCUGAAGGUCAUCAUGAUAGUGCUCUUACCCAUGUUCUGUAUACAAUCAUUGCUUUCCUGGGUGUUGCAGAUCACAAGGGCGGAGUAUUGCUUCUUGUAGUGGCAUUGUGCUGUAAGGUUGGUUUUCACAUCGCUUCCCGAAAACUAUCUGUAGAUGUAGGUGGAGCCAAGCGUCUUCAAGCUUUGUCUCAUCUUGUUUCUGUCGUUUUGUUGUGCCCAUGGGUCAUUGUCCUCUCUCUGACAACGGAGAGCAAAGUAGAGUCUUGGUCUUCUCUCAUCAUGCCUUUUGUAACAGUCAUCUUUUUUGUUGUGAUCCUGGAUUUCUACGUGGAGUCCAUAUGCUCUGUCAAGAUGGAAGCUUCCACAUGUGCUCGAUACGGAUCCUUUCUUAUUUUCAUUAGUGCACUGCUUUUUGGCAACUUUUGGACUCAUCCAAUAACAGACCAGCUUCGAGCUAUGAACAAGCCACCACACCAUGAAAGCACAGAGCACGUUCUUUCUGGAGGGGUGGUAGUGAGUGCUGUCUUCUUCAUCUUAUCUGCAAAUAUCCUGUCCUACCCCUCCAGGAAAGGGCAGAAGGGUACCCUUAUUGGCUAUUCCCCUGAAGGCACUCCUCUCUAUAACUUCAUGGGUGAUGCAUUACAGCAGAGCUCUCAGUCAUUACCCCGGUUUAUUAAGGAGUCACUGAAACAAAUCCUUGAGGAGUAUGAUUCUAGGCAGAUCUUCUAUUUCUUGUGCCUAAAUCUGGCUUUCACUUUUGUGGAACUUUUUUAUGGAGUAUGGACCAAUAGCCUUGGUCUUAUUUCUGAUGGAUUUCAUAUGCUUUUUGAUUGUUCUGCGUUAGUGAUGGGGCUUUUUGCAGCUCUGAUGACAAGGUGGAAAGCAACUCGUAUAUUUUCCUAUGGGUAUGGACGUGUAGAAAUUCUCUCUGGAUUUAUUAAUGGCCUUUUUCUGAUGGUAAUUGCUUUCUUUGUCUUCAUGGAAUCAGUGGCCAGACUGGUGGAUCCUCCAGACAUAGAUACCAACAUGUUAACUCCAGUCUCUGUUGGAGGGCUGAUUGUAAACCUUGUUGGUAUCUGUGCCUUCAGCCAUGCGCACUCCCAUGGGGCUUCUCGGGGAGGUUGUCACUUACAUGAUCACAGCCAUUCUCACCAUGGGCACAGCCACAGCCACGGGCACGUCCAUUCCCACAGUGACCAUGGGCACAGCCAUGGACAUUCCCACGGGUCUUCUGCAGGAGGCAUGAAUACCAACAUGAGAGGUGUGUUUCUGCAUGUGUUAGCAGACACUCUCGGCAGUGUUGGUGUUAUCGUAUCCACGAUAUUCAUUCAGCAAUUUGGAUGGCUCAUAGCUGAUCCACUCUGCUCUCUUUUUAUUGCUACAUUGAUUUUUCUUAGUGUUAUCCCACUAUUGAAAGAUGCCUGUCAAGUGCUUUUGUUGCGGAUACCUCCAGAACAGGAGAAAGAUCUGCAUGCUGCUUUAGAAAAGAUUCAGAAAAUAGAGGGGGUCAUAUCCUACAGAGAUCCUCAUUUUUGGUGUCACUCUGCAAGUGUUGUGGCAGGUACCAUACAUGUGCAAGUGGUAUCUGAUGUGAUGGAACAGAGAAUUGUACAGCAGGUUACAGCAAUUCUCAAAGAUGCUGGUGUAAACAACCUAACUGUCCAGGUGGAGAAGGAAGCUUAUUUUCAGCACAUGUCAGGACUCAGUACAGGAUUUCAGGAUGUCCUUGCAAUGGCUCAGCAACUAGAAUCCAUGAAAUACUACAAAGAUGGUACUUACAUCAUGUGAUACAAAGUUGUGCUUGCCAAAGAAGGUGUAAAUUGUGAAGCUGUAGGAUUCCAUAUUUGUAUUUUUGUCAGGAAAUCUUGCAUGUUUUUAUGCAUGUACAUGAAAUUACAUGUACAGAAACAAAUGUACUAUAUAUUUGAAAUUUUUAAGCAUACUAUCUUUAUUAAAAUUGCAUCAGGAUGUUUUUAUAUAGGAAAUAAGAUGGACUAAUUUGAUGUACAUGUGAAAAUAACUGAAAUCUGAAGUACUGUGCUUGGUGUUUAUUAAACAGAAGUCUUGCAACUUGUGGAUGAGCACAGCUAUAUUCCAUACUUUAAGUAUGGAACAUCAUCAUUAUAAUGUCAUGUUAGCAGUGGGAAUGGAAAUAAUUUAUAUUGAAAUGCAAAUAUAAUCAACUGAAAAUUAUUUUUCUUUCAAACAUAGCUCGAAGACUCAUUAAAUGAAAAAAAGGUACACCUUUAUUAUGGGGAGUAAAAACCAACAUGAAGUCAUGGGUUUUGCACACUGUUAGAUAAUAGAAAUAUACAGUUUUUAUAUUAUGUCUAAGCAUACAAAUCUGAUUUCUAAACUUAAUGCAUCAGAGCAAAUAGAUGUUACCAUUUUAAAUUUAUAUCAAAUUAUUUUUUUAAGGAGAGAAAUCCACAGUUUAACAGAAAUUGGGAGGGGAAAAUAUUUCAGACACUUUUCUGUUUCCUGGGAAUACUCAGGAUCAAAAAAACACUCUGUAAGAUAAUUUUUUUGUACUUUUUGUAUUAUUAACUGUAAAUGCAAUAGUUUGAAGCUUAAUUAAUCAGCAUCAUAGCACUUAGCUAAACUUCACCUAUUCAAGAUACGUUACUCUGUCAUUUACUUGACUUUUUUCAUAAUACCCUAACACAGCUGCAGCGUACUGUAGCCAGCUAUACCUUUGUGUAUUCCCCAAGGAAGCAGUCCUGGUUUAGAACGCUGAACUGCGACAGUAGUCUGGGACUUGCCAAGUUGCUGAAACAAACUGUGAACUGACACUUUUUGACUGGAAAGAAGAGUGUGUUUAAGAAGGAAUUGCGCAUGUUGGGGUCUUAAUACUGCAAAGAAAACAAAUCUCAGUCUUCAGUGAAAACCUGUUAACAGGGUAAUAACUCCUCAGAAGUGUUUAUCCUUACAUCUGUUUACAGUCUCCCUGUGCCCCCUUUUCUUUUGGUCUGAAGCACUUAAAUUUUAUUUCCCUUGGAAUUCAGCAAAUAGGUUCUUAGUUAGCAAGAAUGAGUACGUUUCUCGUAAUAAAAGUCACAUUGCUUUUACAUUGAUGAUGGCACAAAUCACAGUCCCUCAUUUCUUGAGAUAGCACUGCAGAACCAGUAGAAUUCCCAAAGCUUGAUCCUGUUUUCUUCCGAUUUGUGGCACUUCAGUGGUUUUCUCACCUUGCCUUCUCCAGAAGGCUCAGGUCACUGAAUAACAGUGCUCCAAUUAGACACAGCCUAUAAGCAGGGUGAUCUUACAGUUUUGGAAACCGUUCUCGGACAAAAAGCUUGAGUUAAUAUUUACAUGCACCACUUGUGUUUGAGGUGGUAGUACUGGAGCUGACAGCAUUUCACCAAACCAAGCGUUAGCCCCCCAUAAUAGGUAUGAUAGGUAGGUGAAAAGGGGGGGAAUUCUUUCCUUUUCAAAUCAAGUUAGCUUAACAUCAUUGAAAAACCUUCAUGCUUGCCACAGCUUUUCUCUGAGCAAAUGCCAAUUUAUUACUUCAGCUGGUGGCAACAGGACCCAAAACAAAUUAAGGUGGCUGGGACCAUGUUAGAUGAUCGCAGCAGUGAAGAUCAGCCCGUACCUGGAUACUUCACAGGCAAGUGUAAACCUGCAUCUUAACAUGCAUUCAGCAGCUUUCUGUGUACCCAACACACGUGAAAGGUGUUUUUUUCCUGGCUACCGAGACAGGAAGACAACAGCAAUAAACAUCUACCUUUAAUUUGUUUAACAAGAGCCAGUAUCUGGACGUGAUCCCCCAAAGAAGAGUUUGGCCUUCCCCCCUGCAAGGUCUAUUGGAACCCUGCUGUAAGGGCAGGUUUCAAAUCGCAGGUGUAGGCCAAUUGAUUUAUAUUUUAAUAAAAUACUCUGGCAGGGGGUUAGUGUAGUCACUCCGUUGUAGACAGACAGUUGCAACAAAACACUUUCAGAAACAUUGAAAAUGAACUGCAUCGCUCAUUUUAAUGAAUGAUGAACUGUAUCAUACAUCCAGCAGCAAGCAAUGUAUGUAUAUAAUGAGGAAAAAAUAAAUGUGUUUUUCAGUAACGUUUUA